CAGCAGCGCUUGGUGUCCCGCGUAAACGACGGCAAAGUCACUGUCGGCUAAGGGUAUCUUGUCGGUCGCUGAUGGGACAAGCGUCUUCACAUCACACCCCAAAGCCCCUCCUCACCUAUAUUAUGGGAGGAGGUUCCAGUACACAGCUUUUCUUCGCUCCGAUUUGUGCUUCCUCCUCAGAGUUGCAACGUCGCUCGCUUCCCUACGCUCGUUCUUCGUGUCCAGCCUUGCAAUCCCUGCGAAGGGAAUCCAAUGAGUACUUCCUGCUACACAACGACAUACAUCAUGACUGCGCAGGGAUCACCGGCAGGUUCAUCGACUGUGGCCGCAGCCUCCACCCCGGCCGCAGGAGCGUACCAAAUGGUGACUGCUGCUAACCGUGGCGGCUCUGCUCCAGCCUCUAGCUCCCAGGCGAGCGCGCAGACACCAGCUGGCCCCCAGGGUGCUGGUCAGCGGCAAGGUGGCGGCUGGGCUGGCGCCGCUCCGGGCAACGGUCACACUCAGUCGAGCAAUAAUGCUGGGAUUUCAGCGCCGCAAGCGUACGGUGGCGGCCAGGGCUCUCGUCCGCCGCCGGGCCCUCCUCCAGUGAAUGCAGGCGGUUCUCCACCGCCGCCGCCUCCCCCUCCACCGCCGCCAGCUGCUCCACAGCCGACGCCGACUCAACCAUCGUAUGGCAACGGUAAGCCGCAGCAUCAAGGCACUGCGAUCGCGCCCCUUCAGCCGGCUCCAGACAACGCGAACAAGUGCUUCAAGAAGCCCGACGGCACCAAGAUCUGCCUGUUCAACGAAAACCAGAGCUUCAACAACACACAGGUGCACGACGCGAACAAUACCUACGACUUCCACAACGACCAUUCCUCGAAGGCUGACGCUGCUGUCGCUGGCAAGAUCCCAGGUAAUGACGUGGUCAGUGCCAUUAACGCCGUUCCAACUGGCCCACCUACCGGAAGCGCGCAGGCGCCAGCGAGCGCUGCCAGCUUCGCCGCAACCCAGGCUGGCACAUUUAAAGACGACCAGGGCAGCACUGUCUUUGAAGGUAAAACUGAUCACCAGGCCGCUGGCUCUCAAGACGUUCACAGUGCGCCCGGCGACUACAGCAACCAUUCCAACGACACUUCGCAUGAUGCCGGUGACUUCAAGUCCUUCACUACCGGUAACGGGGAUGGCAGCCAGUCCCAAAGCAGUGGCCACUUUGUCACGGACAACUUCGACCAGGACUUGACCCAAGUCAAGGGUGGCGUCUUCGACCACGACCAAUUUAACGCCUCCAAGACCGUCGGCGAGCUCAGGUUUGGCGAGGCCACUCCGCAGAAGGGUAACAACAGCUACAGCGCCGGCUUCUCGUACGAGUCGAAGCAUCAGCUGGAGGAACACAAGGGUGACGGCACGUACGACUUCAAGGAGCAGACCGCGCAUCACGGCAAGGUUGGCAUCAACCAGGAGGGUCAGCCGUUCCCGGACGCCGAUGAAGCUUUCGAGGAGAUGUUCGGCACCCUCGGCAAGCUGAGUGGCGGUCAAGGUCCGCCUCACCAGAAGCGUGCGAUCGUCGAGGCUCCGCCACCAAACGAUCAAGACGCGAUCUUGGCGGUGCCCAGCAACAGUACGACGAUGCUCACAGUCACCACUACAGUCACCGGACUGCCGACACCGGAUCUGCAAGACGAACUCCUGCUGGUGCCGGGCAACGCUAGCGCUGUCGUUACCGUCGUUUCCCACGUGACGGGCACGUCGGUGCCGGCUUACACGCCGUUCCGCAUAGGGCAGCAUCCAUCGAUCAUCAACGCGACCAUUGACGGGAUUCGCGAAGCUGCCGGCAGCCCAGUGGAGGUGUGCGCAGUCGCCGGCGCCCUCGGAGGCAUCCUCAUCAGUGUGGCCAUCGCGGUCGCCGCUGCGGGAAAGUUCAGGAAGCGCAAGAACCGUCGCUACCCUAUCGCAAAGGACCCGGAGUAUGCGGAUAUGCUCGACACCGAGAUGGUGAAGGUUAAGGAUACUGGCAAGUUCAGUGAUGACUGAAGGUGCAAAAAGCUGGCAGUAUAAUGUCGGCCGUGGCGAUGGCUUGGGCAAGAGAUCGCGAAAUAAUGGAUGUACCCCACGUGCAAGAGCACGUGGAGGAAGCUGC